GCUUCCGGGAAAGGUCCGUACUGGUCCAAAUGGCACAUGCCCUAUUUGUGGCAUCUUUCUCUCUCCUUCUGACUAAGCUCAGCACUGGCCAGAGAGAAGUAACAGUUCAAAAAGGACCGCUGUAUAGAGCUGAAGGUUACCCUGUCAGCAUCGGCUGUAAUGUAACUGGCCAUCAGGGACCUUCUGAGCAGCAUUUCCAGUGGUCUGUUUACCUGCCGACAGCCCCGGACAGGGAAAUACAGAUCAUUAGCACCAAGGAUGCCGCCUUCUCUUAUGCAGUGUAUGCACAGCGUGUGCAGAGCAGGGACAUCUACCUACACAGAGCGCAGGGAAACUCAGUCUUUCUGCACAUCUCAAAGCUCCAGACAAAGGAUACUGGCGAGUAUGAGUGUCACACCUUGAACACGGAUGAAAAAUACUAUGGAAGUUACAGUGCGAAGACUAAUCUAACUGUUAUUCCAGAUACUCUCUCUGCCACCAUGCAAUGCCAGACUGUCAAUAAGCAGGAAGGAGAACCAUUAGAACUUACCUGUGAGGCAUCCAAAGCCACAGCUCACCAUACCCACCUCUCUGUCACCUGGUACCUGAUGCAGCCAGGAGAAAGUGGCCAACCCACUGCGAUCAUUUCUCUCUCCAAAGAUUUUAUGCUGACCCCUGGGCCUUCAUACACAGAGAGGUUUGCAGCUGGUGAUGUGCGGCUCGACAAGCUUGGGGUCACUACCUUCAGGCUGUCCAUAGGCAGGCUCCAGCCCUCAGACCAAGGUCAGCUGUUCUGUGAGGCAGCCGAAUGGAUUCAGGAUCCUGAUGAAACCUGGAUUUCCAUCACAAAAAAGCAGACAGAUCAAACAACUCUGAGAGUCCAGCCAGCAGUGAGAGACUUGCAAGUCAGAAUUACUGAUGAGAGCACUUCCGCUGAAGGGAAGCCUUUGGAGCUGGUUUGUCUGGUGACGGGCAGUGGCCAGGACCCACAGCUUCAGGUCGACUGGUUACUCAGUGGGAAUGAAAUAGCCCACUUUGAUGCUGGUGGAGUCCUGGAUCUGAAGAAGGAUUACAAAAACAGAGCAAGCCAAGGACAGCUCCAGUUUUCCAAGUUAAGCCCCACAGCUUUCUCCCUCAAGAUCUUCUCAACGGGCCCCGAGGAUGAAGGUGCCUACAGCUGUGCAGUAACCGAGGCGGUGAGAACUCCAAGAGGCUCCUGGCAGGUGCUGCAGAGAAAGCUGUCGCCCGUCAGCCAAGUGCACCUGAAGGAGCCAGCAGCAAGAAGUGUGGUCGUGUCCAGCCAGCAGCAAGCUGUGUGGGAAGGACAGCCACUCACCCUUCUCUGCCAGGCAGGGGGAACGGAGAGCCCUCUGUCCGUGAGCUGGUGGCGCACCCUGCAGGACCAGGCCACUCCCGUGCUCGUAGCUGGCAUAGGGCAGGAUGGCACUGUGCAGCUCGGUGCCUCCACUGGAGGCAACACAAGGCUGGACAAAGUGAACUGGGCCACCUUCCGGCUGGAGAUCACGUCUACCACAGUGACAGAGAGCGGUGUGUAUGAGUGCAGAGUGUCUGAGGGAACCCGGAAGCAGGCCGGACAGCUGCACUGGGCUCACAAUAUUUCGGUCACUGUGAAAUCUCUAAAGUCAAGUUUACAAGUUAGUCUGAUGAGCCGUCAGCCAAAGGUAAAGUUAACGGACACCUUUGACCUGUCCUGUAUAGUUGGGGACACCUACUCUGGCCUCGCGCUGCCCUUCACCGUGACCUGGCAGUUCCAGCCGGCCAAGUCUCCGGUCUUCCAUCAGCUACUUCAAAUCACCCAUAAUGGCACUAUUCAGUGGGGGGAUUUCCUCCCCCAGUUCCCCAAGAAGACAAAGGUUUCCCAGUCUUCAUAUCGUUCACAACUCCUAAUCCAUGACUCCACUAUGGAAGAAACAGGAAUGUAUCAGUGUAAAGUGGAAGUUUAUGACGGAAAUUCCCUACACACGAACAAUCCAGCCAGGGCAUCUGCCACCUCUCACCCACUGAAAAUAUCUGUCACUUUGCCAGAGAGCAAGCUAUGUGUGAAUGCAAGCAGCCAAGUCCAAGAGAUCUCCAUCAACUCCAACACAGUUAUAGAAUGUAGCAUCUUGUCCCAGCACACUAGAAACCUCCAGUUAGCCAUUGCUUGGUACUUUGCUCCUAUUUCCACUCAUACAUCUUGGCUGAAGAUCUUGGAAAUGGACCAGACCAAUGUUGUAAAAUAUGGGGCUGAAUUUCGCACCCCGCAGAGAAAACAAAAAUUUCACAUUGCAAAAGUUUCCCAAAACUUGUUUCGGCUCCAUAUUUUGAGUGUGGAAGACAGUGAUCAGGGAGAAUAUUACUGUGCUGUGGAGGAAUGGCUCCUGACUACAAAUGACACUUGGCAGAAACUUGGAGGAAAGAAGUCUGGGCAAACAAAAUUGCAACUCAAGCCCACAGGAAGUAAGGUACGGAUCUCCAGAGUGUACCGGACAGAAAAUGCCACUGAGCACGGAAAUGUGGACAUCCACUGCAGCCUUGAGGGCUCAGGGGCCCCGACCUCCCUGUACUCUGUGACAUGGUUCUGGAGAAGAGAAGAUGGCAGGCUUCACAUGCUGGCGCACCUACAGCACAAUGGCUUGCUGGAGUUUGGGGAUGAGGGGCGCAGGAGACACUUGCAAUGCUACCGUUCAUCUCCUACAGACUUUGUCCUGAAGCUGCAUAGGGUGGAGAAGGAGGAUGCUGGGAUGUACUGGUGCAGUGUGGCAGAGUGGCAGCUACAAGGCCACCCAAGCAAGUGGGUCAACCAAGCAUCAGAUGAGUCACAGUCGAUGGUGCUCACAGUGCUGUCUGCAGAGCCCACAUUUCAAGCAAGGAUCUGUUCCUCAGCACCUUUACUGUAUUUCCUAGUUGUCUGCCCCAUUGUCCUGUCUGGCCUUCUGCUGAUUCUCCUCCUCUGCUUAUACCAGAAGGCCAGGAAGUUGUCGAGGUGGAGUCUCAGCGCACAGAAAGAAAGGGCGCUCUGGGUGGGCAUGAAACAGGGUGGAGGCGGGACCCCAGGCAGACGAGAAGAUGAAGAGGCAGAUGAAUGCAGCUGAAUCCUGAGAGGCACCUGUGGCUGGAGUGCCGGGGGACUUUUGAACUGGACUGGCUGGAGCAUGAGAGAAUUCUCAUUCUGUCCUUUACUGUGUCUGUGGCUUCGGGCAUGUCACUUGAGGUUUACAGCGAACAUUUAGUGAGCAUUUAUGUGCUGCCCAGAGCUGUCACGUGUUUCUUUGUUCGCCCACCCAGGGUAGCCUUCAGGUGUGGACAGCAUCGUUGUUCUAGUGCCUCCUUCCCAUAGCACAGAGGAGCAAAUGCGCUCCCAAGGCAGAGCCCUGGGUGGGCCCUCUCCUCACUCCUCUUACAUCAUUGGUUCUCCUGAAAACACCGAUGGCCCAGUCACACUGGCUCCGGGUAUUCUUUUUGCUCUAGAUAAGAGACUUCUGAAGGAGUCUGAUGUCACCAAGGCAAAAGGAACUGGGAACAUGCUUGUUUACGUCAAUUCUGCCUCCCCAACCAGAAUGCGACUUCUUCCCAGGCAGAAAUCCAAUCAUCUUCCCCUAGCUCAUCUGCAAAUGCCGACUCGAUAGCUUAAGAGUAGAAGAAUCACAGU